CCCAACCCCUCUUUCUGAUUUCAAGCCCUAGAAACAAACAUCCUUUCAAUUCCAAUCCAUCAAUCAAUCAACAAAAAAAUCAAUCAAAAUGCAGAAUCAAAUUACUCGAAAUUUAUCAACUUUCUUUAAACACGCAACAAGAAAACCACUACUAGUUAACAACAACAACAACUACCGCCAUCGAUCAUACAGUAGUUUAAUCCCGAUGGUCAUUGAGCACUCUGCGCGUGGUGAACGCGCCUACGACAUAUUUUCACGUCUGCUGAAAGAAAGGAUUGUCGUAAUUAACGGUCCCAUUUCCGAUGAUACGUCUCACGUUGUUGUCGCUCAGCUUUUGUUUCUUGAAUCCGAGAAUCCUUCUAAACCUAUUAAUAUGUAUCUUAAUUCCCCUGGUGGUGCUGUCACUGCAGGUCUUGCUAUAUAUGAUACAAUGCAAUAUAUUCGUUCUCCAAUCAAUACCAUAUGUUUAGGUCAGGCUGCAUCAAUGGCUUCUCUGCUCUUGGCUGCUGGUGCAAAGGGUGAAAGGCGUUCUCUUCCCAAUGCCACCAUCAUGAUCCAUCAACCUUCAGGUGGAUAUAGCGGGCAGGCGAAAGAUAUGACUAUCCACACCAAGGAGAUAAUGCGAAUUUGGGAUUCAUUGAAUGCAUUGUAUUCAAAACAUACUGGACAGCCUGUUGCUGUAGUUCAGAAGAAUAUGGAUCGAGACUACUUUAUGACCCCACAUGAGGCGAAAGAGUUUGGUCUGAUUGAUGAAGUCAUAGAUGAAAGACCUGUAGAACUGGUGACGGACGCUGUUGGGAGUGAAGGGAAAGGAAAAGGUUCCGAGUAAAAUGUUAGUGAAUGCAGUGUAGAAAGCAGAUUUUGGGGCCGUUUCUCUCUGUAACUGUAACAGGCAGACUCAUUGAAGAAUUCAGCUAUUCUCAAAAAGCUUAUCUUCAAGUCUUGCCUGUUUUCCUCCUUUUUAAUAUCCUUACAUUGGUUGAUGUUUGACAAUGUUCCCUUACAUCUCUUUGGAUGGGCUCAUAAAAGAAUUCCUUUUCUGGUAUCUUCUAGAGGUUCACAUGACUAUAAUUGUGAACAAAAACAUUGAGUUUAAUAUUUUUGUAGUAAUUUAUACCUUUAAAUUUACAUUGAUACUUUAAUUUCUA